AUGGCAGCCUACAGCUUCCUCCGCUUCCGGAAGGCCACGCCGAGGGAAGGCGAGGACGAGGAUGACGAGAAGGAGGCCUCCACGUCUGCGGCCCAGAGCUUCAAGACCGUCGAGGUGGAUGGGCGGGAGGUCACGCUGCGGGUCUUCACGCCCGCCGGAGGAGGUGGCUCGAAACCGGCCGUCGUGAUGGUUUGUGGUCUCCUUUGGUUCGGCGAGGGCAUUCUGGGCUUCAUCGGCCUGAACUUUAACGACGCUUUCGGCCAUGCGCUGGCAAGGAACGGGCUGCCCUGUGUUCAAAUCCACACGCCGCAGCGCCAUAUCGCGCACACGCGAGUGCAGGAACUAGCGCUGGCGCUCUGCGCGCCGGUGUAUCUGGUGCCGGGGCUGCGAUUUUUGCUUCUGGCAGCAGAUGUGCUCAUGCUCCUCACGUCCCAGAGAGACAUUUGGCUGCUCCUGGUCGUUGUCGUCCUUCCUGGGCUCAUGGAUGCGGUCCUCGCCACCUCCCUGGCUGUGCCGAUGCUUCUGCUUGGCCCCCUCGGCUGGCUCAUCACUGCUCUGAACAUGAUUGGCGGCCUGGUGCUGGUGCCGGCUCUCCACUUCGCCUUCCGCACGGGUCAGUACCUGAUGGGUGAGCUGGACCUCUCCGGGGAGGGCCGCCGCGACUACCUAAAGGAGGUGGAAGCAGCUGUGUCCUGGGCGGAGGAGAACGCAAAGGCGCUGAAAAGCGACGGCCGUCUGGUGCUCUGCGGUUACUCUUCCGGUGGCCAUGUGGCGGCCCUCUACGGGUUGGAACACUGUGCGGCCGCAAAAAAAGGAAGGGGCCGAUUCGAGGCGGUAGUCCUGGUCUCAGGAAUCUACGACCUCCGAACGAACUGGAAGGACGCGCGCCGCUUCCUGGCGCCGGUCAUGAACCUCAUCUUCAAGGUUGGGCGAUAG